AUGGUAUGUCCCAUCGCUGCUCGGUAUUUGACACGUUAUCAAGUUGCGAGGUACGCCAGAUACGUCGCCACACGCUGCAAUGUCGUUUCAACCCUCCCCACCAAUACACUCCGUGUUACGGCGCCUCGGAAAAUCCUACGCCCAUAUGCUUCCUCUACGAUAGUUCAAGAUCUGGAGGCAUGGCGUUCUGAUGCCGGCAGGCCCCCUGUGUCGGAUACCAUCUACGCUUUAUCCACUGCUCCAGGACGAGCUGCAAUAGCAGUAAUCCGUAUCUCCGGUCCAGCAUGCCUCGGCGUGUAUCGACGGCUCUGUCCCAAUCGACCCGACCCUAAACCUCGCACUGCUGUCCUACGAAGGCUCUAUGGCCCCGACGACUCCAGGUCUUUGCAUGAUCGAAUCCUCGAUAAUGGCGCCCUCGUCCUAUAUUUCCCUGCGCCGAACACCGUGACGGGUGAAGAUAUUUUAGAAUUGCAUGUCCAUGGUGGCCCGGCAAUCGUUCGCUCAGUCUUAGAGGCAAUAUCUGCUUGCGCGCGGACGAGUGCAGAAUCCAGGGCAGCAAUCCGUCUUGCUGAACCAGGCGAGUUUACAAAAAGGGCAUUCUACAACGGGAGACUAGAUCUCACCCAAGCGGAAGCGCUCGGGGAAACUCUUGCCGCCGAGACUGAACAGCAACGCCGGCUCGCCGUCAGUGGCACAGAUGGCGGUCUGGCCAAACGAUACGAAGAGUGGAGAACAAUGCUAUUGUAUGCUCGCGGGGAGCUCGAGGCCUUGAUCGAUUUCUCCGAGGACCAACACUUUGAUGAUUCGCCGAUAGAGUUUAUGGCGUCGAUUUCUGCACAGGUCAAGGUGCUGAAGAGACAGAUCGAACUCCACAUUCAGAAUGCAAACAAGGGAGAACUCUUGCGGAAUGGAAUCAGCAUAGCCCUACUUGGGGCGCCAAAUGCUGGCAAGAGCUCCUUGCUGAAUCGCAUUGUCGGUCGAGAAGCAGCCAUUGUCAGCGCCGAAGCAGGUACAACAAGGGACAUUGUCGAUGUCACGGUGGACAUUAACGGCUGGCUUUGCCGGUUAGGCGAUAUGGCAGGCUUGCGCAGCAAUUCAGACGUUGGCCUCAGCCAAGAGUACGGCCACGGUCCUGUUGGCUUGGUUGAGCAGGAAGGCAUCCGUCGAGCCCGCGAGCGAGCAUUGCAUUCUGAUGUCGUUGUGGCACUACUAGCGGUCGAAAAGAAGGCAGACGGUUCGCUGGGCGUACAUGUCAACGCGCAGGUCGUCAAAGCCGUUGAGGAGUGCGCCGCUGCUGGGAAGACGAUUCUUGUCGUCCUGAACAAGAUCGACCUCGUCGGACAGUUCGGCCAUGACCCUGAAGCAAUGACUGGCCUUAAAGCCUACAUCAGUGAAAUAUUUCCCACGGUCCCAGCUGACCGAAUUUGUCCAACCUCCUGCAGAGAAGCGGCAUCUGUCCUCUGGGAGCCUGAUCAAUCCGACCCUGGCGGGAUUCAGGCGGUCCUUACACAGUUGACCAGUGCGUUCAGAGCCUUGACAACUGCAGCCACAGGCGAGAAGACUGGUUCCUUGACCCCGGCUGAAGCACAAUCCUACUGGGCCGCCUCCCUAUCUGUGACGCAUCGCCAAAGCACGUACUUGAGACAAUGCUUGAUUCAUCUGAACGACUUUCUCGAUCAGUCUGAACCACAACACGAUCUGUUCGAUCCUGAUCUCGCUGGUCCACAUGCAGCCCGUAAUGACAUCGACAUUGUUACUGCAGCAGAGCAUCUCCGGUUCGCGGCCGAUUGCCUGGCCAAGAUCACAGGCAAAGGUGAAGGCGGGGACGUGGAAGACGUACUCGGCGUUGUCUUUGAAAAGUAA